AUGGUAGAAAGGUUCGAACUCCGUUUUGCUAAAUUGUUGAAAUCAGACAAUGUCGGAAACAAUGCUUUUCGUAAUGUCUUUUUAGAGAGAUGUGGUGAGCCAUUAGGUCUAACAAACGGACGAAUUAGAGACGACCAACUCAGUGCGUCAUCGUCUUUUGAUGCAGACAGUACCGGUCCUCAACACGCCAGAGAAAUUGAAAACGCUCGAACAGCCACCCGAGCUCUGGAACUAAUAACCAAAAGAAUUUUCAGGGCUCGUACUCAUACCGGCAGUGGUGCAUGGUGUCCGCUUCACCAAGUAAAUAACACUCACAAGGAAUGGAUCCAAAUAACUUUCGCGAGGGACACAGUGGUAAGUGCUGUGGAAGUGCAAGGACGCUUCGACGAGGGUCGGGGAAUGGAGUUUGCCAAAGCGUUUAAAAUCGAAUACUGGCGACCAAGGCUCACUGGUUGGGCUUCAUAUAGGAGUGAAGAAGGUCUCGAGAUCAUUCCUGGUAACAGCGAUACCCGGACGGCCGAAGUUCGAGUUUUGGAUGCGGGUAUUGUGGUUCGCCGAAUUCGGGUGGUACCAUUGUCCAACACCACAAGGACUGUCUGCCUCCGAUUAGAACUAUACGGCUGUAGUUAUGAAGAUGCUCUUCAAUCCUACUCAGCACCUGUGGGCUCGGUUACCGAGGAAGGCUCCUUCGUAGAUAUAACUUACGAUGGCCUCAUUUCUAAGGAUAUAGCCGACGGUGGUUUGGGCCAGCUGAGCGACGGUAUAAUUGGAAGUGAUCCGGUCAUUUCACCCCAUCGGUGGGUUGGUUGGAAGAAGGACGUCGAUGGAGAUGGGUAUGUCAGUUUGCUGUUUACCUUUUCCGAGGUCCGAAACUUUUCUGCAGUCGAUCUACACGUAGCCCACUCGUUGCAGCUGGGAGCACAGGUAUUCUCCCGAGCAGUGGUCUCUUUUUCCGCUAAUGGAGCCGAUUUUUCUUCGCGCUUGGUUGAAUUCUUCCCACAGCAAUUGAGUUUCCCGUCAUGGAUCCGAAUUCCCAUUCCCAAUCGAGUCGCUGCCGUCUUGAAGGUCUGUUUAUAUUUCCCGACGGGAUCUGCGUGGCUCCUGCUGUCGGAGGUUCAUUUCGAAUCAAGCGCUGCCCGACUCGAACUGAUUCACUUCGACUCAGACGAGGAGCGCUCGGACAGUAUCACCUAUUUCUCCGUCGACGAGUCCGAUGAAGGACGUAUUGGCACUUUGAUACUCCUAUGUCUACUUACUUUGACCGUCAUCUUUCCACUCCUCGUAGUCUGCUUCUACAGAAAGCGUGACAAAAUCCGAACAGCUUCGCCGCCUCACGGCUUUAAUGGAGGAGUGAGUGAAAGUCUGGGACGUAUACGUAAGGCAGCACCUCCUAAAAAGUCAUUCCAGACAAUUUCACCUUCUACUUAUCAGAUGGCCAGGGACAAUAUGGAGAAUGCAUUGUUGGAAAAAUGCCCUAUGAUCGUGAUCUCGUCAGAUUACGCAGAGCCGAUCUUCUCCAGAGACAAAUCAUCCUUGGAACCAUUGCUGAACUCUUUCCAUAACCAAGCCAUGGACGUAUCGCACUACGCUGAUACCAAAGUUGCAGGGUCAACACUGAGGUAA